UGCUUUAAAUCAAUAAGAGUGUUGUACUUCAGACUGCUCGGUGUUAAUUUAUAACACAAACACAACAGGGUCCGCGUGCGACAGCUAAAAUGGCGGUGUUGUGUCACCGUUUGACGACGUUUGUCUUAUCGAAAAUGAGCUGUGAGGAUGAUUUGGUGAGCUAGCUCGCUAAGUCGAGAGAGUCAGAGUGAGUUUGUUGGUGAAAGACUUUGGAGUGAACAUGUCUCUGCUGGAACCAGAAGAAAGGAGUCCUCUGCUGAAGGGAGACGCUGACAGCAUACAGGACGCUGAGAAGAGCCGCUGGAGGUCGAUUAGGGUCAUGUACUUCACCAUGUUCCUCAGCAGCGUGGGUUUCACGAUCGUCAUCACGUCCAUCUGGCCGUACCUGGAAAAGAUCGACCACAGCGCAGACGCCAGUUUCCUGGGUUGGGUCGUGGCUGCGUAUAGCCUCGGCCAGAUGGUGGCAUCGCCCCUGUUUGGACUUUGGUCCAAUUACAGGCCUCGGAAAGAACCUCUGGUGUGUUCCAUCGUCAUCAACGUCGCAGCGAACGUGUACUACUCGUACGUCUACCUGCCCCCGUCUCACAACAAGUACCACAUGCUCCUGGCUCGAGCGUUCGUCGGAUUCGGAGCAGGUAAUGUUGCCGUGGUGAGGUCGUAUGUAGCAGGAGCCACCUCGCUGAAGGAGAGAACCAGCGCUAUGGCCAACAUGAGCGCCUGCCAGGCUCUGGGAUUCAUCCUCGGCCCAGCUCUUCAGGCAGGUCUGUCGUUUAUCGGUGAGAUCGGCUUCAGCGUGGACGUCAUCCGCCUGAGGUUUAACAUGUACACGGCUCCGGCGCUGCUCGCGGUCUUCUUCGGCAUCGUCAACAUCCUGCUGGUGGUGUUCGUCCUGAGGGAGCAUUGUGUGGACGACUAUGGCAACCAGAUCAGAGCGAUUAACUACUCUUCAGAAGAGCAGGAACUAGUCGAGCCUCCUGAAGUGGAAGGAAAUAUUGACCAGGUCGCAGUGCUUACAUCCAACAUCCUUUUCUUCAUCAUCCUCUUCAUUUUCGCUGUGUUUGAAACGAUAUCCACCCCUUUAUCGAUGGACAUGUUUGCAUGGACGAGGAAAGACGCCGUCCUGUACAACGGGAUCAUUUUGGCAGCCAUCGGCUUCGAGUCCAUCAUAGUGUUCCUGGCAGUGAAGCUGAUCUCUUUGCGGUUUGGUGAUCGUCCAGUGCUCUUGGCCGGUCUGAUCAUCAUCUUUAUCGGGUUCUUUAUCCUGCUCCCGUGGGGAAACCGAUAUCCAAAAAUUCAGUGGGCAGAUCUCCAGAACAACACCAUGCCAGCUUUGGUUCGUUCCUCGGUCUCUAACAGCACCGUGGAGCCGACCGGAUGCCCUUCAGAUCAGACCUGGUGCCAGUUCACCCCCGCCAUCCACCUGGCACAAUACCUCACAUCCGAUGUCCUGAUAGGUGUGGGCUACCCCGCCUGUAACGUCAUGUCCUACACACUGUACUCCAAGAUCCUGGGACCCAAACCACAGGGUGUGUACAUGGGCUGGCUGACGGCCUCAGGCAGCGGUGCUCGGACCCUGGGCCCCGUGUUCGUCUCUCACGUGUACACCAUCCUGGGUCCUCGCUGGGCCUUCAGUCUGAUCUGCGGGAUCGUCCUGGCCGCCAUCGCCCUCCUCACAGCCUUGUACAGGCGACUUAUAGCGUUCUCCGUGCGCUACGGCAGGAUACAGGAGUGAGGACGUCUGACGGACAUAUCCCACUUUGUAUUCAACCCUUACGGACUAAACCUCUCGGUGGUAUGGGAUCGAUGAAAGAAGAAGAAUAUUAAAUUAUUCACAGGAAACUGAAAAACAGGGUAGAAAAAAAGAAAUACAGAAUACAGGAACAUGCUUUACAAAAAACACACACACAUAUUCAGCUAUACAACAGUGCAUGGAAGUAAUUUGCAUAUCGGAACAUGAUUGGCUCUCAUGUUUUAUGAUGUAAUGACACUAAAAGGGAUGAUGAAGCUCAUGCACAAAAUCCUAUGCACUGAGAAGUUAUAUGUGCAAUUAUUACUAAAAUAACAACCUCCAGCAUAAAAAAAAUAGAAUAUGAUAUUUUUAAAUGUUUAAUAGUUUAUAAUAUAUAUAUAAAAAAGAAUUAUAAUGAAAUAACAGCACAGGCCCAGUAGACAGGAGAAACCAUCCUUCCUGUUACACGUAUCUGUAUUUAACUUAAAAGCUCAUUUUUAUUGUCAUGCUUUCUGAAAAUUGAAUCUGCUCAGGUUUGCGAACUUGAAAGAAUAUCUGCUUAUUUAAGUUUUAUUGUCUAAGCUUUUGUUUUAAAGCUGUUUUUAUAUUGUUCGGGCUACUCCAUGAAAACCUUAGCUUAACUUUGACAUGAAGGUGAAAGUCUAGAUUUUAUCAUUUUUUUCUGUUGUUGUUCUUCUUGGGAAAAGCGCUUCCACCUGUACUCCAGCAUUACCAUCAGAUAUGAUGGAACAAUGUCUGAGAAGACAAUCUCUUCACACAAGCCUGAGUAAUGAAGCGCCACAAGGACACGAAAAGAAUGAAUGUACCAUAAAAACAGGAAAACACUCAGCAAGAUAAUUUGGAAAUUAUCAACAAUAUGGUUAAGUAUUUAAAUCUGUUAACUUAUGUAAAAAAUUUACAGAUUUUCUCUGUGUCUCUUCAGUGUUUUUAAAAUAUGGUCAAAAAGAAGGUUUUAGAACACAGGAUUUUUUUUAAGUACUGAGUACAUUACUAAGAAGUUAAGGUAAGAUCAAUAUUGGGUUUAUUUAUAGUCCUGUGCAAAAGUCUUAUUAUCUUUAGUACAAAUUUUGUUAUACAGUACAUGUUGAUCGUGUGCAUUAUGAUGUACAAAACCAUUUACUAUUUCCAAACACCUUAAAAUGAAUUAAGAUAACAUUCCAGAAAUAUUUGCAUAAAACCCCCUAAUGUAUGCUCCGGGGUUUUGCUAGAAAAUAGACAAGAGUGAGUGUGACAACACUCAUUCUCCAGCACACUCAGUAAAACCUACCAGCUGUUUUACUUAAAAGAAACUGCACACAUCUGUAUUUAACACUACUGAUUACUGAAUACUGACUGUUUAUUAUUAGUCUUUAGUCCUCCUCAUGGAAGAUUCUUUUAUGAAACUUUUUUUAUAAAAGUUUUUUUUUUUUAUGUUCCCAAGACAUUUGCUCAGUACUGUAAAUAAACCAACUGUUGGGUUUUACUGAGCAAAAAAAAAACAUAAAGGAAACUUCCAUUAAGAGGACUAAAAUUAUUAUUUAUUUCCACUAACAUACUAUCGAAUGAAAUGCAGAACACUUUGACAUUAGAAGUGCUUCUCUCUCUAAAUAUUCUUCGAAAUCUCUGAGUUUCAUGUGAAGGAAAUAUGUACAUGUUUUGUAUAGUUUUAGUGGAUGUGUGUGUGUUUUGGGUUUUGUGUAUCUUUUCAAAAGUGUUUAAUGUCAAACUUAAUGUGCUGCCAUUUUUUUUUAUUUCAUUGCCCUGGUGGAAGAGAUUUGGAACUCAAUGGGAUUUUUUUUUUCUGGUAAAAUAAAGGAAUAAUAAUAAAAAAGUUGAUAUGAAAGUAAUCAGUAAUGUUAAACACAGAUGUGUGCAGUGUUAUAAGUAAAACAGCUGGUGUGUUUUACUGAGUGUGCUUUAAAAUAUACCAGAGUUCUUCUGGUAACUUUGUCACACUCAGUCCUUCCUAUUUUCUAGCAAAACCCUGGAGCAUACAUUAGGGAUUUGUUUUCUGUCAGUUGUAAGAUAUGUCGUUUUCUUUACAGGCAUGUAAAUUUUCUUUUAUAAUGCUAUUUAUUCAUUAAUCUGUGAGUUAGGUUUUGAAAUAUUAAAUGAUUUUGUACAUCAUAAUGCAGACAUGAUAAACAUCUACAAUGUGCACUACAGAUAAUAGGGUGCAUAAACUUUUGCUCAAUACUUAAUUUUAGUUUUUCAUGAAAACAUAAGUGCAAUAUGAAGUAAUGAACUGAGUUUAUACUCUGAACAAAAGACGAGUGAAAGGUGGAUGGCAAACAGCUGCUGUUUUCAUGGAGUGACCCGUGUGUACUUUUAUAUAUUUCAGGUGUAUUAAUUUCAGCGUUUCCUGUAUGAAUCAGCUAAAACAAAAACAGGUUGGAAAGUAUUCUGUGUGCAUGAUUCAGGACAAAUAUCAUGUAAGAGUCAAUGUGUUAAAGGACAAAUGAGUCUGGGACUAACUGUGAAAAUGCAUCUAUUAAAUAACUGAACUAAG